AUGCGCCCUCGGGCUCGAAAAGAGCGGCCUGGGGCGAGUGGGCAGUGCGGCUGGGGUCUCUGCUUUCUUUUCUUUACACUUUUCUGCUGGCGAUGCUGCUGA